GCUCGGCCUUUCUUUCUCCCCUUAGCGGUGAAGGUGCAACAGUAAUCGGUCGUCCCGACUUCGGGUUCAUCCGACACCCUCACCACCCCAGCUGAACUGAGCUCAACCUCCACAGCAGCGCCAUGCCUCCUAAAUUCGACCCCAACGAGAUUAAAGUUGUGUACAUGAGGUGCACAGGAGGAGAAGUCGGAGCCACCUCCGCCCUGGCCCCCAAAAUCGGCCCUCUGGGUCUGUCUCCUAAAAAGGUCGGUGAUGACAUCGCCAAGGCCACAGGGGACUGGAAGGGUCUUAGGAUCACGGUGAAGCUGACCAUCCAGAACAGGCAGGCAGCGAUCGAGGUCGUUCCUUCUGCAUCUGCGCUGAUCAUCAAAGCUCUGAAGGAGCCUCCUCGCGACCGCAAGAAGGUCAAGAACAUUAAGCACAGCGGCAGUGUGUCCUUUGACGAGAUUGUGAACAUUGCUCGCGUCAUGAGGCCUCGCUCCAUCGCCAGGGAACUCUCCGGAACCAUCAAAGAGAUCCUGGGAACCGCUCAGUCUGUCGGCUGCACCGUCGACGGUCGUCCUCCUCAUGACGUCAUUGACGAUAUCAACAGUGGCAAAGUGGAGUGUCCGUCUGAGUAACGGAGCCGACAAUAAAACAGGACAAAACUGA